CAUCCACUCCCCAUCAUCAAUUGAGAUAGACUUUCGCAGGUCUCCUGACCGAGCUCCUCGGUUUCUCCACAUAGUAGUAUGACGGGCUCCGUCGAUGUCGGUGGCGAUGGCGCGCUCGGUUGGUAGGCAGAUUGGUCUCCCCAUAGUCGGGCUCGCUUUCCAUCUCAUGAUUCAUGGCACAGAGCUUCCAGAGCCAGAGGAGCAGCAGGGUGCCUGCCAUCGUACCGAGGACGAUACCCGCGAUGCCACCCCCGGAGAUGGAAUUGGGGCAAUUGGAGUCAUCCCGACUCUGGAGAAGGUGGAUUGGUGCCUGAGGAAGGAGGAAAAGUCAGGUGUCAAUUUCCAGCUGGUCAUGUUCAUGGAAGAUUGGACUCGGCCCGCCCGCGCGACGAGAUCCACGGAACAGCAGGACUCGACUUACCAUGGGUGUGUGGUGGUUGGUGUCAAUGUACUGUACUGACUGUACCGUGCACAAUUGAUAUUAAGAUCCAAUUGCUUUAUGGUCCCCUCAAUGCAAGCACAACCUCCAGGAAAGAAAGGAAGUCAACUAAUAGGAAAACUCAGGAGGGAUGGGAUUGGAACCAUAUAUCAUCAUCGUCA